GUUAGUUGGUUCAUCGGUUCAUCGCGGACACAGUUUACGUUGGUAGAGUGCCGGGUGUUAUCGGUCCCCCGAGUUAGCAUAAGCUGCGACGGACCAAUCCGCUUUCUUUCAUUUCGUCAAUUUCCGCGGGCUGAUUAGAGGGGCGGUCGAAUAAAAUUGGUCGUCGCGGUUCGCGGCUUCCUAGAACGUCGUUCGGAUCCAGCUCGUCAGAAACAAGCGGAACAAAAUGCCGACAGUGACCCUAUACUCGUUGGACGUGAGCCCGCCGGUCCGAGCUGUCAUCUUAACGGCGAAGCUGAUCGAUCUACCCCUGAACAACCGCGAUGUGAACCUUAUAGAGAGGGAACAGAUGUCGAAGGAGUUCAAGAAGGUGAAUCCUACCUCCAUGGUUCCAGCGAUCGACGACAAUGGGUUCACCCUCGGCGACAGCCACGCCAUCAGUUGCUAUCUGGUGGGCAAGUACGCGAAGAACGAUGCCCUGUACCCGAAGGAUCUGCAAACACGGGCCCGAGUCGAUCAUUUCCUGCACUUGGACUCUAUGCUUUUCAUUCCCGCGAAGAUGAGUUUCAAACCCUUGCUCCUCGGCUUGGCGAAUUCGAUACCCGAGGACACGCUGCAGUUCUGGAGGGAUGGCUACAACCGACUGAACGAGGCGCUGGAGGGUAAGAAGUGGCUCGUAGGCGACUCCUACACCCUCGCGGACAUCACUUGCGCCACCACCACAGCGGCUGCGACGGCUGUCCUGAACAUCGACGACUAUCCGAACGUGAAAGCCUGGUUCGAGAGGGCCGAGAAGGAGAUCCCGGGCUUCAAGGAGCUGAACGAUACUGGAAACAAAAAGUUAGUGGAGAUGAUCCGCUCGAAGCUUGCUUAACCCGCGUUUCUUUUGACUCGCGGGACUCGCGGAUAGAAAUCUCUGUUUCUUCCCCGAACCCUUUCACAAGCACUGGGAGCCCCAUGCCACUCCCCACCCACUUCUAGCGCGCGCAUGGGCCGCCAGGCUCAAAUAUUCCCACCGUUGAAAGUUCUUAUCGGAUUGGAAUAUUCUUGAGAAUUCAUACUGUGUGUGUGCCCGUGAAAGGGUUAACCCUUCGCGAGAAGGGUGCAAAAAAUCCAAGGCUUUCUCGAACGACGUACGUACAACGAAUUAAGUAAGGUCUAAAGCGUGCCGUGUUCGGUAUCGUUUCAAUUGGAAAAGUCUCGACGAUCUGUUGAACAAAUUUUCAUGUAUAAAAGAUUGCAAAUAAAAAGGUUGAGUCGUCGUUUUUAUUCCA